GACCUUGAAAGCUGUCAGGAUGGGUUGGCGAGCCCCCUACUCCAAUCAGCUGUUUGCUCUGGCCCGCGACGCAGUACAUGCAUCAUGUGUUUCCGCUUAAACACUGCCAGUGCCACGGACUGUUCCAUGAGCAGUGGAACCGACGACGAUAAGGAAGACGAGUCACCGCAACGGGAGGCGAAUCCGGCCACGGUACCAAUAAGUCGUGACCGACUGCCGAUCGUUUAUCGCCCAGAGUACGGUGUGAAGUUUCUCGGCCUCCAGAAGCUGCAUCCGUUCGAUGCGGCCAAAGGGGGAAACAUUUAUAGGUUGCUCAAAACGAACGGAUUGAUUCGAAACGAUGAGGAUGUGUACGCGCCGGAUGAAAUCACGCCCGAGGAAUUGUUGGAGGUACACACCAAGCGGUACAUGGAUAGUUUGAAGUGGAGUUUAAAUGUGGCCAAAAUAGCGGAAAUACCUCCACUCCUGUUCGUGCCAAACUGUUUCGUGCAGCGGAGCUAUCUGCGGCCCAUGCGCUUCCAAACUUCCGGCUCGAUGCUGGCUGCCCGAGCCGCCCUACAGUCCGGGCUCGGGUGGGCCAUCAAUCUGGGCGGAGGAUUUCACCACUGUAGUGCCGAUCGUGGUGGAGGAUUUUGCCCGUAUGCCGACAUCACGCUUACGGUGAAAAUGUUACAGACCAGCGGAAACGGUAUCGACCGCAUUCUGAUCGUGGAUCUGGACGCGCACCAAGGCAACGGGUACGAACGGGAUCUGAUGCACGAUGCCGGUGUGUUCAUCCUGGACAUGUACAACUAUCGUAUCUAUCCGCGCGAUCAUACAGCCAAGCUGGCCAUACGCCGUGCCGUCGAGCUGAAACCGCACACGGAUGACGCGGAGUACCUGAGGAAGCUGAGGAACUGUUUGCAGCGGUCACUGGCUGAAUUUGAACCUAACUUUAUCAUCUACAAUGCCGGGACCGACAUCUUGAAGGGUGAUCCGCUCGGUCUGCUAGACAUCACGCCCGAGGGCGUAAUAGAGCGCGACGAGUUUGUGUUCCGGUGUGCGCAGGAACGUUCCAUCCCGGUGGUGAUGCUGCUGAGUGGCGGCUAUUUGCGUAGUUCGGCACGUGUCAUUGCCAGCUCGAUUUUGAAUUUGCGCGACAAAGCAUUGCUGCCAAUGGUGGAGUAGAGCGAGGCGUUCCUUCUAACGCAGUAGGCUUUUGGAAGGGAAGGGGGACAAGAAACCCAACAAACCGAAUUGUGAUGGCUAUUUGUACUUUUAAGCUUUUUCCGAUGCAUUGGUGCUGGCUCCUAGUAGGGUGUAGUGGGUGAUUUACUGUUCUUGUUCCAUUAGACAAAUUAUCUAACCUCCCCUACACAGAGUGUUUAAAAAAUGUAUACCAAAGAGUAUAGAGAGACCAGAGAGUAUUAUUACUGAGGUAUGGGAUAGCGAAUCGAUGCCUUGUGAUUGGAAUCUUUGUAUCAUCUAUCCCAUAUACAAGAAGGGAGAUAGGCUAGAGUGCAGCAAUUACAGGGGUAUUACGGUGUUGAAUACCGCCUACAAGAUCUUCUCCCCAAUCUUACAAAAUCGACUUGCCCCAUUCGUCGAAGAGAUAGUGGGAAACUAUCAGAGAGGAUUCCGAAACGGAAAAUCAACCACUGACCAGAUCUUCAUGAUGCGGCAAAUCUUGGAGAAGAUGGCGGAGCAGCAGCUCCACUCCUAUCAUCUCUUCAUUGAUUUUCAAGCCGCAUAUGACAGCAUAGCCAGGGUAAAACUGUACGACGCAAUGAGCUCUUUUGAAAACCCGGCCAAGCUUACCAGGCUUGUAAAAGUGACAACGGCCAACAUCACAUGCCAGGUGAAGGUGGAUGGAAAACUCUCAGGGCCCUUUGCUACCACCAAGGGCUUGCGCCGGGGAGAUGGUCUUGCCUGUCUCCUUUUCAACCUGGCGCUAGAGAGAGCCUUGCGCGACUCGGAGGUGGAAACUUCGGGGACCAUCUUCUAUAAGUCAAUCCAGAUCCUGGCAUACGCUGAUGACAUAGACAUCAUCGGUUUGAGGCUCUCCUAUGUAGCAGAGGCUUAUCAAAGGAUCGAGCGUGCGGCACAGAACCUCGGGUUGGAGAUUAACGAGGCGAAAAGUCGUCCAAAACUUCACCUAUCUGGGGUCAAAAGUCAGUCCACCGACAACAACAUUGAUGUCGAGUUACGCGCAACGGUGCUGGCUGGCAACCGGUCAUACUAAAGCCUGAGGAAACUUCUCCACUCUAAAUACCUGUCGCGACGGACGAAGCUGGGAUUGUACAGAACAUUUAUAGUCCCAGUACUCACAUACGCCUCCGAGACAUGGACUCUGUCCAAAACUGACGAAGCCCUCUUAGCCGCUUUCGAGAGGAAGAUGCUCAGAAGGAUUUUUGGCCCCGUAUGUGUGUGGAAGAGGCAAUGGAGGAGCCGCUACAAUGACGAGCUGUACGAGCUGUACGAUGAUCUUACCAUCGUGCAGCGAAUUAGACUCGCCAGGCGGCCGGUGGGCUGGUCACGUCAUAAGAAUGACACCGGACGACCCAGCUCGUAAAGUCCUUUUAGGCCAAGUUGGGAUAGAGUGAUUGCGUUUAUGCGUCCGCCAGAACGGCCGGGAUAAUGGAUUGGUAGACGACGGCGCUAAACCGUGAGCGGUAUCGAGGAUUGUUGCAGCAGCGCCCUGAUAAGUAAGUAAGUAAAGAGUAUAGAGAUUAUUUUCUUUAAAAAAUAUAUUUAAAUAAAUCAUGUGCACUUACUUCAUUGUCUUGCAAAUUCCCCAGAAGGAAUACUAAUUGUGAAGCUAAAACAGCAAUAAAGAAAUAUUACAUGAA